AUGCUGGCGGGCGGCUCCAUCCAAGAGCGGUGUCGCUGGCGGAGGAAUCAGUGCCAGGUCCAGCUGCCCCAACACCUCUGCCAGUGGAAGCCGGACGAGUGUACUCGUGGGGAGCUGCCAAACUCCAACACGCCGGUCACCACCCUUGCCGGCAUAUUUAGCCUCUCUGACCUUCUGCCGGAGCUGCCGCUGCCGACGCCAAUGGAGCAAACCCUCAACAACCGGUCGCUGCUGUUCCACCCGCGUGUGGCCGAGGAGGCGCGCCGGCUGCUCACUGUGCGCGACAACAGCCUGGUGCCGCAGCUGGCGGAGGCGCUGGCCAACACCUCUGCCGAGCACAUCGAGCUGAAGGAUCCGCCGGCGGCAGCGGCUGAGGCACCGGACACCGAGCCGGAGCUGCUGCGGGCGCUGCGUCAGCUUAACAAUCAGCUACUGUCGCACCCAGUGGUGAACCACGCGGCCGAGAGGGUGGCCGUCCCUGCUCCGGCGGCGGCCGGCCCGAUCCCGGCCCAGUUAGUCGCCGCCGCCUCGCCGGCGGCCCGUGUUGCGCCGAAGGACGCGGACGCAGUGGUGAAGGCGGAGCCGUGUGACCGUGGGGAACAGAGCCCGGACGCCGGCGCGUCGUCAAAGGACUUGGCCAAAAGCAGACAGCUCGUGGUGUUACUGAAGAGCAAUCCGGAGGAUGAGGCACUGAUGCAGAAGUGCCUGGAGGAUCUGAAGAAGUCUAAGCAGCAGACGCCCGGCGGCCGCACGCCGCGCAAGCCCAAGUACCGCGACACGAGCAGCGACGACAGCGACGUCGAGCGGCGGCCCCGAAACAAGUAUUUCAAGGCGAAGGAGAAGGAGCGUGACCUGGCCAAGAAGAAAGAGCUGGUGGAUCGGAUCAAGAACUCACGCCGCUUCGAGCGCCGGUUGGUCCCGACUCUGGAGAAGCUGAGCGCCGAGGAGUUGAUGGAGACCAACACGUACCAGCGCUUCAACCAGUCGCUGGAGCUAAUCUUGGACGACGAGGACGCCGAUGUACCUCAAGAGGCGCUCAUCCACAAGUACCGGCUGCAGGAGCUGGUGAGCGAGGCGGCCAAGCUGAAGUCGCUCGGCGCCAUGGAGUCGGUGCCGCCCGAGCGGCUGGUGCGCGCGCUCGGCAUCCUGGAAAUCAACGUGCGUGACGGCGCGCAGAUCACGCCGUUGGGCGAGGCCGACGAGGGCGAGGAGGAGAGCCGGCUCUGGAUGGAGAUCGCCAUGGAGCGCGUGGUGCGCGGCGCCGACGCCUCGCUCGUCAUCAUGUACAUCCUCACCUCGCCCGGCAUGCCCAAGCGGGUGUACCUGGAGGACUGCAUCGAGCGCGUCGUCAAGUUCAUGAAGUUCCAGCUGCAGAACACGGUGUACCCGGCCUUCGAUCCCGUCUACCGGGUGCCGUCCAAGAAAUCCUCCGAUCGCGGCCACGGCAGCGCCAAGAAGAAGCGCGCGCACGCCAAGGACGUGCGCGACCGCAGCCUGUUGUCGCUCUACAACAAGCUGCGCGAGCUGGUAUCGCUAACAGCCGAGCUGCUCAACAUCCAGGUGCUGACGGACACGACCGUGCUGCAGGUGUCCACGUUGGGCGUGGCGCCGUUCUUCGUCGAGAACAUCAGCGAGCUGCAGUUGUCCGCGCUCAAACUCGUCACAACGAUAUUCUCCAAGUACCAGAAGCAUCGGCGGCUUCUUCUGGACGACAUCCUGGCCUCGAUCGCCCGGCUGCCCAGCAGCAAGCGCUCGCUGCGCACGUACAAGCUGAACUCUGCCGGCCAGGGCGACGGCGACGUCUACAUCCAGAUGCUGACCGCGCUGGUGCUGCAGCUGAUCCAGUGUGUGGUCGUGCUGCCCAACUACCUGGCGCGGCCCAGCCAACAGCAGGAGGCCGCCGCCGACGACGAGGACGCCGAGUGUGAGGUGAAUCGGGACGUGCCGUUCCACGGGAUUGACCGGGACGUGCUGAUCAUGGACCGGUACGACACGGCGAUGCGCACGGCGCACAGCUUCCUGUCGGUGUUCCUGCAGAAGUGCGGCAGCAAGACGGAGGAGAUCGACUACCGGCCGCUGUUCGAGAACUUCAUCCAGGACCUGCUGGCCACCGUCAACAAGCCGGAGUGGCCGGCGGCUGAGUGUUUGCUCAGUCUGCUCGGCAAGCUGCUGGUGACCAACUUCAGCAACAAGGGCAAGGAGAUGGCGCUGCGCGUCUCGUCGCUCGACUAUCUGGGCGUGGUGGCGGCCCGGCUGCGGCGCGACGCCGUCACCUCCACCGCGCGACCGGAGCUCAUUGAGGAGAUCAUCAGCGAGGUCAAGCGCGAGGAGCGCGCCGCCGUGGUCGCGGCGGCCGUGCGUGAGACGGACGUGUCCCCGUGUGUGCAGAAGCAGGAGGUCGAGCAGACGCUGGCCGAGACGGAUGCCGAGGAGGAGCGGACGCGCUUCCUGCAGCGCGUCAUGCUCGACUACCUGGCGGUGAGCGCCGAACGCGACCCGGCCCUGCUGCACUGCCGCCACUUCUACCUGGCCCAGUGGUACAAGGAGGCGCCCCAGGAGAUCCUGCGCCAGAAGCAGGGCCCGGCCGCCUCGCCGGCCAAGGCGCGCCACAAGAAGCGCAAGAAACGGCGUGCCAGCGCCUCCUCCGAGGAGGAGAGCGACUCGACCGACGAGGAGGGCGACGAGACGGCCGCCAGCGAGGAGCUGAAGCGCGAGGUGAACGCCCUGGUGGAGGGCCGCCGCCAACUGCUGCUCACCAAGGUGGCGCCGUUCGGUGAGGCCGGCGGGCGCGUCGGCAUCCGUACUCUGCAGACGUACCUCGACUACGACCACGCCGAGCUGCUCUGCCGCUACCUGGCUAGCAAGCGGCCCUUCUCGCGCAGCUUCGACGUCUACCUGAAGCAGAUCAUCCGCGUGCUGUCGGAGAGCGCGAUCGCGGUGCGCACCAAGGCGAUGAAGUGCCUGACGAUGGUGGUGGAGGCGGACCCGGCGGUGCUGGCGCGCACCGACAUGCAGAUCGGCGUGCACAACUCGUUCCUGGACCACAGCACGUCGGUGCGCGAGGCCGCCGUCGACCUGGUCGGCAAGUUCAUCCUGUCGCGGCCAGAGCUUAUAGAAAAGUAUUACGACAAGCUGUCGGCUAGGAUAUUGGAUACUGGUGUGAGUGUGCGAAAGCGUGUGAUAAAGAUUAUGAAGGACAUUUGUGUCGAGUGUCCCGACUUCCCAAAGAUCCCCGAGAUCUGUGUCAAGAUGAUCCGGAGGGUCAACGACGAAGAGGGCAUUCGCAAGCUGGUGAUGGAAGUGUUUCAGCUCAUGUGGUUCACGCCGGUGCGCGAGCGGGGCGAGCGGGACGACGCGGCGCUGCUGAAGAAGGUGAUGGACAUCACCGACGUGGUGGUGGCCUGCCGCGAGACGGGACUCGACUGGUUCGAGCAGCUGCUCAACACGCUGUUCAAGCCGAAGGAGGACAAGGAGGAUAGCACCAAGGUGGUGUUCGAGCCGCCCAAGUCGCUGCUGACGGCCAGCCGGCAGAUCGUCGACUGUCUGGUGCAGCACAUCCUACGCAUCGAGGACCGCGGCAGCUCGCAGCGCCUGGUGGCCUGCCUCAACACGCUGUACAUGUUCGCGCGGAUCCGACCGCAGCUGCUGGUGCCGCACGCUAUCACCCUGCAGCCGUACCUCGCAGUCAGAUGUCAGACGCGUGGCGACUACCAGAUCAUCAGCCACGUGGCGCGAACACUGGAGCUGGUGGUGCCACUGAUCGAGCAUCCCAGCGACACGUUCCUGGCCGAGCUGGAGGAGGACAGCGUCAAGCUCAUCCUGCAGCACGACAAGACGGUGGUGGCCAGCUGCCUGGCCUGCCUCGGCUCCAUCGUCAACCGCGUCACCAAAAACUUCGGCCUCAUCCGCGACUGCUUCAGGAAGUACUACAGCCAUCUGAAGUCGUACAAGCUGAUGCACGAGCAGCAGCCCAACAACCCCACGCUGGAGAAGCACAAGCCCUACUUCCGGCGAGCGCUCUUCACCGUCGGUCUGCUGCUGCGCUACUUCGACUUCGGCGACGAGCAAGUCAGGAAGGGCCUGAACGUGCUGGAGACGCUGCUGUACUUCGUGAACCAGCCGAGCGCGGACAUGCAGAUGUUCACGCUGCAGGCGCUCGGCUUCAUCGUCAUUCGGCACUACGACAUGAUGCUGCGUGAGCGCGUCAAGCAGCUGUACCACGGCUUCCUGCAGGAUCCGGACGGCAACAAGCAGCAUCAAGGCCGGUCGAAGCGCGCCAAGGAGGAGAACCUGAAGGAGAUGGGCGACGUGACGUCGGGCAUGGCGUCUACCGUGAUCCAGCUGUACCUGAAGCAGGUGCUGAGCUCGUUCCUGGACGCCUCGGUCACCGUCCGGCACGCGGCGCUCAAGGUGAUCCAGCUGAUCCUGGCGCAGGGUCUGGUGCACCCGGUUCAGAUCGUGCCCUACCUGAUCUGCAUGUCGACCGACCCGGACGAGCGUGUCUCGCACACCGCCGACAAGCAGCUGCAGGAGAUCGAGAAAAAGUACCCGGGCUUUAUCCAGAUGAAGGCCACCGCCGGCAUUCGACUGUCGUUCGAGCUGCAGAAGAUCCUGCAGGCCGACUGCGAGGUGGGCGGCAUCACGACGACGCGCGGCCUGAAGCUGCGCGAGGGCGAGCCGCCGGCCGCCCUCAACGGCUUCCUCUACUCGAUCCUGCGCACCUCCAAACAGCAGCGGCGCGCCAUCGCCAUUUCGUGUCUGCGCAACUUCGACGAGCAGGCGAGGAAGUCGCUGCAGGAGCUGCUCUACCUGGCCGACAACCUGGCCUACUUCCCGUACCAGGUGGCCGACGAGGUGCUCUUCAUCAUCCACCAGCAGCUGGACCGGACGGUGUAUCUGACGGUCUGCUCCGCCCGCAGCAGCUGGACCGGACGGUGGACGUGA